AUGGUCAAAGUGUUCGACCUCAGCAAUAAAGCUUCAGACAAUAAAGGGAAGAAUAACACUGGUAAGUCAGUAAAAGUCAUUUUUAUCACUCUUUGGUAAAACAAGACAUUGUAUUUUUACUUAUUAACACAUAUUUCACACCGUAGAACGUUUAUGUAAACUUGGGAAUGGAAAAUUUUAACGGUUUUGGCUUUUUGACGAAAUGCCACAAAAAUUAUCGGUUUUUUAAAAACGUCAAAAAUUAUUUGAAAAUGCUUUGAAAUAGUCUAAAAUAACGUAAAAUUAUGUUUCAACGUUUUUUGAGUUUGUGACGUAAUGUCACAAAAGUUAUUGGAUUUUCAAAAAUGUCUAAGAGUGUUUGUAAACGUUGAAAAGCAACUUUAAGUAAUUAAAAGUUAAUGUUUAAAGCGUUUUAAAAGUUGUAACGAAAUGUCACAAAAACUAUUGGAUUUUUAAAAACUGACAUUUCGCAACUAUUUUUUAAUAAAUAUUUCAAAAUAUCAAAAAAUACACUCUUUAUUUUUAAAUCUACCUUUUUUACUUUUAGAUGACACGCCCACAUCAACACUAUCACCAAUACCCACAACCGGCGCGCCAAACCCAGUACCAGACGACGAACUGAACAUUGCUGACCCCAUCGUCAUACCAGAAGGUUCUACAAAGUAUCAAAGCUUCAAAGAAUACACAGAAGCCUUAACUGACUCUAUGGACUUGAAACAAAAACCUUGUACCAACUUCUACGAGUACGUGUGCGACAACUACGAAAGUGAUACAUUCUCCAAACUGAUGAUGAAGAACCAACUAGUUCUUCUGAAAGCCUUUGACAAUGCACCAACAUACGAAGCUGAACAUAAGCUGCGUGGUAUUCGAGAACGAUGCGUCAAAUCCCAAAAAGACCAAGAUAGUACUAAAAAAGACAUUGAUGGUACCAAGUUUGUACCAAUGUACGAUGCUCUUGUCACUGAGCUUGGACUGCCAUUCCCAAUACUAGACGAAAAUGCUGCUCCAGCCAAACCAUCAGCCGAACAGCUGGCUAAAGCUAUGUUGUACUUGGCCAAACGUGGUGCUAAUGUGUUUGCACCAAGUGGUAUAUUUCCAAUUUUGACUGACGAUAUGAAUCAGCAAAAGGUCACCGUCGGCUUCUCGGAGCCAAGCUUGUAUAGUACCAAGUACAAUUUUGAUACUAAAGAAAGUGUUGUCAAAAGUGCUUUGACUGACGCAUUCACAGCUUAUGCUAAAAAGAUGGCUGUGCUAAAAGGUGUUAGAGAUCAGCUAAAAGAAGACAAGUUGGCUGAAGACAUUGAGAAGAUAUGGGAAUUGGAAAAAUGGAUUGCUAGUAAUGUGUUGUAUGAUCAGACUGAUCAGAAGACUUUUAAUGAGUAGGUUUUAACAAUGCUUGAAAAGUAGCUUAGAAGUUAUUGGCAUAGGCUUAAGUCUAGGCUAAAACUAGAAUCUAAGGUUAGAGUUUGUCGGCCAGAGCUCGGGCUAAAGCUUAGGUUUGAGCUUGGGCUAUAUUGUAAGUUAGAACCACUCAAAACGAAUGCCAAGGCAAGGAAGGGCAAGGCAAGGCAAGGCAAGGCAAGGCAAGGCAAGGCAAGGCAAGGCAAGGCAAGGCAAGGCAAGGCAAGGCAAGGCAAGGCAAGGCAAGGCAAGGCAAGGCAAGGCAAGGCAAGGCAAGGCAAGGCAAGGCAAGGCAAGGCAAGGCAAGGCAAGGCAAGGCAAGGCAAGGCAGUACUACAACGUCACUUUACACUAAUAUAACAUAUGUUCCCUUACUUUAACAUGCUUUUUCCAGAAAAUUCACUUUCUCAACAAUCGACGAUGCCUCCAUAGCCAUAGGACUGUUUGACAUCCGUUACUACCUCACCAAUCUCUUAUCAGACCAAGACCAAGCGAUCAAAAACAAGGUCCUAUCAAACACGUACAAGAUCGCCAUUAUGAAUCAAGAUGGACUAACGAGACUAGCUCAACAUUUAGCCACCCUUGACGGUCGAACAAUCUACAACUACAUCUUUUUGAAGUUUAUUCGCAAAAAUGCUUUUCGAAUUACAAUGACUCCGACGGUACAACCCACCAAUCUCAUCGUAGCUACCGAUGUGAAGCCGGUCGACAUUGAAAUUGAUUUUCCGGUCGAUUUCAGUCCUUUUGGGAUUGUCAAAACUCCAAAACCUUUAGGCAAAAUGACAUUGUUUGCUGAUGACAGUGAUGACAAACUGAGAGCUCAGUGUAAUCAAGUACUAUUUCAAUAUGGUGCAGUCUUUGGUGAUCUGUUCGACCGGUUUUUCAUUGAUUCUGUGUUACCUACAGAAGAUGAACGCAACGCCAAGUAUGAUGUUGUUAAAGAGGUUGCUGGAAACAUCAUUGAUGGGUUUAGGGUAAGAAGCCCGAGUCCUAUCCUAGAGCCCUAGCCCAAAGCCUUAGCCCAAAGCCUUAGCCCAGAGCCCUAGCCCAGAGUCCUACCCAGAGCCUUAGCCCAGAGCCCUAACCCAAAGCCACAGCUCAGAGCCCUAGCUCAAAGCCCUAGCCCAGAGCUCUAGCACAAAGCCCUAGCCCAGAGCCCUAGCCCAGAGCCCUAGCCCAGAGCCCUAGCUCAGAGCCCUAGCCCAGAGCCCUAACCCAAAGCCAUAGCUCAGAGCCCUAGCUCAUUCCGCCUAAGAUCUAGCCUAAGAGUUUUAUCUUUAGUCCUGGCAAGAACUAUAGGCUACGUCUUAGGCUCAGUUUUAACUUAACUUCUAGCCGUAGUUCUACCCCGAUCUCAGUCUCAGUCUUAGUCUAAUGGCUAGCCCAAUAUUUGUAUUAGUCUAAGCUCUAGCCUGAUCUCUAGUGUAAGCUCUAGGUCAAGUUCUAACUUUUUCUUUAGCUUUAUUUCUUACCUUACAAUUAGCUCUCGCUCAGACUCUAGUCUAAGCUCUAGCUUAAUUUCUAUUUUUACCUCUAGUUUGAGCUUUAGACUAAAAGUUAGCUUAAGAUUUGGCUUAAGUGCAAACUGAAGUUCUAGCCCAAAGUGUAGCUUAAGUUCUAAGUUGAGCUCUAGCCUAAGCGCUAGUCUAAGCUUAGUUUUAGCUGUGUUGUGUUUUUUUUGUUUAGUCCUUAGCUCAUUAUAGCAAUCAUAACAAUAUCCCUACAUUUCCAGGCCCAAAUCAACCAACUUCCCUGGACAGACGAUGCCAAAGCCAAUGCGUACAAGAAGGUGGAGAAUCUUCAAAAGAACUUUGGAUUUAACACCGAAAUCCUUAACAACAACUACCUGAACGUAAAGUAUCGAUGGCUGUCCCUCCCAAAUGAUUACUCUUUCUUUGAUUUGGCUGACCAUAUUCUUCAAGGUUUCCUCAAAGAACAACUCAAAAACUUGGGUGAAACGGCAGUAGACCGUGCCGACUUUGGUCAACCAGCCUAUCUGACUAACGCUUGGUACAAGCCUACAGCUAAUUCGAUUACCAUCCCUGAAGGUAUACUGUCCCCACCGUUCUUUGAUCAGAAUUACCCUCUAUCAGUGUUGUACGGUAGUAUUGGCAUGGUAGUUGGGCAUGAGAUCGUGCAUGGCUUUGAUAACAGUGGAGUUCAGUUUAAUGAAGUUGGAUUCUUGAAGCCAUGGUUAGAUAGUCCAAGCCAAGGAGAAUUCGACAAAAUGGCCAAAUGUGUAAUUGAUCAGUAUAGUGAUUUUGAUGUUAAUGGCAACAAGAUUCAAGGAGCGUACACUCAAGGAGAGAACAUUGCUGACAAUGGAGGUAAGGGAUUUUAGGUAGUAGGGUAGGAUACGGUAAAGCUUUAUGGCAGAAUAAAACCAAAAGUACGGUAGGCCAUAAAGUAUCGUAAAUCCUAAAAUACGGUAAGAUCUUAAGAACAGCAGAGUUUAGGAUACGGUAGGGUCUAGGAUGCGGUGAAGUCUAAAGUACGGUUGAGUCUAGGAUAAGGUAAGACGUAGAGUACAGUAGGGCUUAGGGUACAGUAAAACUUAAGGUACGCUAGAGCUUAAAAUACGGUAGGGCAUAGAGUACGGUAACAUUAGGGUAUGGUAGGGCCUAGGAUACUGUAGGGCUUAGGGUACGAUAGGGCUUAGAGACGGUAGGGUCUAGGGUACAGUAGGGCUUAAGGCACGGUAGGGCUUAAAGUACGGUAAGCCUAGGGUACGGUAGGGCUUAAGGUACGGUAGGGCAUAGGGGUAGGCCUAGAAUAUGGUAGAGCCUAGGAUACUGUAGGGCUUAGGGUACAAUAGGGCUUAGAGACGGUAGGGUCUAGGGUACAGUAGGGCUUAAGGCACGGUAGGGCUUAGGGUACGGUAGGCCUAGGGUACGGUAGGGCUUGAAGCACGGUAGGGCUUGGGGUACGGUAGGCUUAGGGUACAGUAGGGCCUAGGGUACGUUGGGGUCUAGGGUACGGUAGGGCUUGAGGAUACGGUAUAACCUAAGGUAGAGUAAGGCCUAGGGUACGGUAGGGCUUAGUAUACGUUACGAAAUAAGAUAGAGUAAGAACUAGGGUACGGUAGAGCUGAGGAUACGGUAUAACCUAAGGUAGAGUAAGGCCUAGGGUACGGCAGGACAUAUAGUAUAGUAUGUGGAUGAACGUCAGAGUACUACCAAAUUAACUUUUAGGUGUCCGAGCCGCCUAUAACGCCUACAAAUUCCACGUAGCGAUCAGUGGUGAAGAUCCUCGCUUACCAGGCAACUACAAAGACCUAACUCACGAUCAACUGUUCUUCAUUUCCUUUGCUCGUGAAUUCUGCACAACUAGACAAUACGACGAUGAUAUGCUACACACUGAUCCUCAUUCACCGGCCAAGUUCCGUAUCUUGGGUACGCUACAGAACUUCCCUGCCUUUAAAAGUGCAUUCAAUUGUAAAGAUGACGAAUCUUAUUCGAAACAGCAAUGUCAGGUCUAUACCAAGGUUAAGUAA